GAUGAAUCAGAAAAUGAAUUGAAAUUAUCAAAAUUUGUAUUUCGUGUGUUUAAUGUUAAUAGGAAGUCGGAUCAUAACGAUAAAUCCAAAUCGGAUCUGAAAUAUAAAGGUUGGUCAAUUGCUGUGUCAAAUAAAUUAAUCAGGCUCAAAUUCAAACUAUAUGAAUUAACUGUUAGAUUAUUAGCGAUAUCAUGUAUAAACGAGCAAGAUAUGAAAUGUGUAAGCAAGGAUGAUAUGUCACUUGAUGAAUUUAUUGAAGGCGCUGGAUUUACUGUGAUUUUUUCUAUUAGCAAUGAUUUUUUAAUUGAACAAAAAUUUGAUAAAUAUGGUAAUCAAAUUAUUCUCAACAAAUGA